UUUUCUCUCGUCGUUGCCAAGUUAGGUGCUAAAUUGUUAGCUAGCUAGCGAGCUUCUCUUUGCGCUGCGCUGCGUUACACAUUAAUUUUCAUAGUGGUAAAUGAAUUGUGAAAAGGGUGGUAGAAAAGGGCAUCUCCGGUGUCCAUUUGCUGAUUAAUUCUGUUAGUUGCGGUUCCGGAGGAUUGUGUUUUCUACAGCUAAACAGUGUGCUUUGGUUUUUUCAAUCAAUUUUUAUGUAAAGAAGAAAAUAGUACGUUCUUUCUGCGGAGUAAACGGACGGGUAUGUGUGUGGCUGUGGCUCUGUUGCAAGACUUCAUAAAACCUACCUGCAGUGCAAAACACAAGGCAACAGCAACGGAAAGUGCAGUGUGAUUUUUUAUUGAUUUUUGCAAUUGUGUUUGCCCGCUUGCUGCCUGGUGGUGUGGCAUGGCAAAAGUUGGCUUCCAAACAGAUUGAAACGACGACGGAAAGAAGCCCGCAAGUGUUGAAAAGUGGUUACAGUAGAGGAAGGAAUCCGGUUCUUGAACGUGCUGGAAGAAGGGAUCAGGGCGGAAUAUAAAGCGGCCGGAGGUGGUAGAAAGAAGAUAGUGUGAGCAAAGUGUUGUCCGUUCCUUGAUCCCGAAGAAACGAAACCCGCUCUGAUGUUGCUCUGAGGCGUCGUCGUUGUCAUCGUUCGGGGCUCCACAGUUGCGAGUGUGUCUGUGCGUAUGUAUGUGCUAGCGGUGUGUCUGUUUUAGGAAGGAAUAUACCACGGCAUACGACAACCCGGCGCAGUCAUAAUGUUCAAAUGCAUCCCGAUUUUCAAGGGCUGCAACCGCCAAAUCGAAUAUGUGGACAAACGUCACUGCUCGCUGCAAAACGUACCGGAGGAGAUCCUCCGGUACUCGAGAUCGCUGGAAGAGCUGCUGCUCGAUGCUAACCAUCUACGGGAUCUGCCCAAGAAUUUCUUUCGCCUGCAUCGGCUGCGAAAGCUUGGCCUCAGCGACAAUGAGAUCAUGAAGCUACCGGCGGACAUCCAGAACUUUGAGAAUCUGGUCGAACUGGACGUCUCACGGAAUGAUAUCGGUGACAUUCCCGAUGACAUCAAACACCUGCGCAGUUUACAAGUUGCGGAUUUCAGCUCCAAUCCGAUUCCGCGGCUGCCCGCCGGUUUCUCACAGCUGCGAAGUCUCACGGUUCUGGGGUUGAACGAUAUGUCACUGACGACGCUGCCGCAGGAUUUUGGAUGUCUAUCAAAGUUAGAGUCACUGGAGCUGCGCGAGAAUCUGCUCAAAAGUCUGCCCGAAUCCAUCAGCCAACUUAGCAAACUGGAACGGCUCGACCUGGGCGAUAACGAAAUCGAAGAGCUUCCGGCCCAUCUGGGCUAUCUGCCGUCGCUGCAGGAACUGUGGCUCGAUCACAACCAGCUGCAGAAGCUACCUCCGGAGAUCGGACUGCUGAGGAAUUUGGUUUGUCUGGACGUUUCCGAGAACGGGUUGGAAGAGCUGCCGGAGGAAAUCGGUGGACUGGAAAGUUUAACCGACCUGCAUCUGUCACAAAACCGGCUGGAGAGUCUGCCGGAUGGUAUCUCCAAACUGACCAAGCUCACCAUUUUGAAGCUGGACCAGAACCGGCUGCAUACGCUGAACGAAAGCAUCGGCCAGUGCGUGCACAUGCAGGAGCUAAUCCUGACGGAGAAUUUCCUAAACGAGCUGCCUUACACGAUCGGCAAUAUGACACUACUGAACAAUCUGAACGUGGACCGGAAUUCGCUGGUGUCGGUUCCGAGUGAGAUAGGAAACUGCAAGAGUUUGGGUGUGCUGAGUUUGCGCGAGAAUAAACUCACGAAACUGCCAGCCGAGCUGGGGAAUUGUUCCGAGCUGCAUGUGUUGGACGUUUCCGGAAACCUGCUGCAGUAUCUGCCCUAUUCGCUAGUAAAUCUCCAACUGAAAGCGGUGUGGCUUUCCGAGAACCAAGCACAACCGCUGCUAACAUUCCAACCGGACGUAGACGAAGCGACGGGCGAUCAAGUGCUGACCUGUUUUUUGCUGCCUCAGCAGGAUUACGUCCCGCCCAGUCCGGAGAACCGUGAAGAUACCGACUCCGAAGACUGGGAAGAACGGGAAGCAUCUCGCACCCACUCUGUUAAAUUCAGUGAAGAUUCCAACGUGGACAAAGAUACGCCCUUCGUUCGCCAGAAUACCCCCCAUCCGAAGGAGCUAAAACUAAAGGCGCACAAACUGUUUGCCAAGGAGCGCAAAUCGGACGACAUGAGCGGUGGCAAUUUGGACACACUGUCAGAGGAAUCCUCCUCGAAGCCAUCACUGUUGAACAAAAGUGGCGCCGGAGCCACCAUGGAUGACAUCCAGGGCAUCGUACCGAAUGAACCCAUUUCCGAAGAAAAUCCCAACAAAGAAAACGAAAACUUCGGCGCGGAAGAUGAUAGCUACGAGAAGCGGGUUGGGUUUGACGUCAACGAGGAGGAGGAACCCUAUUAUGGCGAAGAAAAUGAAGAGGGACACGAUAAGAAGCCGAUUUCCAAGCUGCAUCGGAGGGACACCCCACAUCAUUUGAAAAACAAGCGCGUACAUCACGCCAUGUCCGAAAAGAACAACAGUCUGGUGCUGAACUCGCUCAAACUGAAGGAAUCGCUUCCGCCACCGCCGGUAUUGGAUGAGCAUCCGGUGCUGGCUACGGUAGCGGAACCUCCGGCCGGUGAAGAUGCCCUGGACAACUUCACCGAGCUCAAGGAGGAACGGUUCGAGAUCCACAUUGAACGCACAUCGGCCGGCCUGGGUCUCAGCAUUGCCGGUGGCCGGGGUUCGACUCCGUUCAAGGGGGACGACGAAGGCAUUUUCAUAUCCCGCGUAACCGAGGGCGGUCCGGCCGAUCUGGCCGGUCUGCGGGUAGGCGAUAAGGUACUUAAAGUUAACGGUAUCUCGGUAGAAGAUGCCGACCAUUACGAUGCAGUGGAAGUGCUAAAAGCAUGUGGCUCUGUGCUGGUGCUCUUCAUUGCGCGGGAGAUAACACGUCUAAUUGGACAUCCGGUGUUCGAUGAGAGCGGCUCGGUUGCACAGAUCGUAGAGCAGUCGUCCCAUCAUCAGCAGAAAGUGAUUCCACCGCCGAUUGCCGUAGCAAUCGAGCAACCCCUGAUGGAGGGAACUGCCGGUGGAGGCGGAGGAUUUGGAGGAGGAGGCGGAGAAAUGCCACAUCCGUCGUUCAACGUUGUCGGCUUGCCGAAUGGAAAUGCAGGAACGCCGCCGACGCCGAUAACGAUGGGUUUGCUUAACGGAAAUGAAAUUACCCACAAAGUUAUCCUGCACACAACGCUCAUCCGCGACCAGAUUGGCCAGGGGCUCGGAUUCAGCAUAGCCGGUGGCAAGGGGCACGCACCGUUCAAGGAUGGUUCGGAGGGAAUUUAUAUCUCCCGAAUCACAGAGGGCGGAGUGGCCCACAAGGAUGGUAAAAUUUUGGUCGGCGAUCGCGUACUGGCGAUAAAUGGAAUCGAUAUAACGAACGCCCAUCAUGAUUCCGCGGUACAGCUGCUUACCGAUCAUCAGCGUUUCGUGCGGCUGGUGGUCCAACGGGAAGUGAAAGGCCCCCUGGAACCACCGACUAGUCCGCGAAGCCCGAUGCUAAAAAGUCUCAACCCGAGUGGAUAUAUGGCAAACCGACCUGCAUAUUCUGGUUAUCGUCGUUCCAUUGAGGAUUCAGUGGAAAUGAACUCGACAGCGACGGAGCAUCCGCCCCAAAGCGGUAAACCCGAGCCGGAAGUAAAACACACAACUAUACACAAGCAACCACUGUCACAACCUCAGCAACACCAGCUAAACUCAUUCGCACAACCAUCAUCACAUUUGUUACACCAGCAGCAGCAGCAGCAGCCUCAAUCGAUGGCCAGCGGCGGCGAGACUCAGCAAGUGCCCCAGCAGCAGCCACCAUUACCUGCCCCCCGAACAGUAUUAUCCCCACAAACGUCUGUAAAUAACAAUGGCCACCCGGUGGUGACUGCCAACGGUAGUAGUUCUAACAUCAGCAACAGCAAAAUCAACAACAUAAACGGUAGUAGUAACACUCACAGCAACAACAGCAGCACCAUCAGCAGUAUCACUAGCAAUCAUCAUCACCCGCAGUCACUUUCAUCGUCGUCAACGACGACGACCUCAUCUUCGGCGGCAGACACAGUAAUCAACGGUACAAGCAAUAGUAACAAUAGUUUGGUUGUCAAGUCGCCACCCACCGGUAGCGAUGGCAGCCCUACCGCAAACAAUCACACCGAUGACUCGCAGGUUGCGGCCCGACCGAUGACGAGCGCCGACUUCCAGGCCAUGAUCCCGUCGCACUUUAUCAGCGGAGGCCGCCAGGUACACGUGGAACGGCUAACGCAGGGCGUUUCCGGCUCCGGAACGGAUCCGGCUGGCGGUCCGUCCGUUACCGUUACGGUGCAGAAAGCCGUACCGGAUCUGCCGAUGUUGCCGCCGGCCCCGACCGAACUCGGCACCGUCACCGAGACCAUCACCAAGUCGACCUUCACUGAGACGGUAAUGACUAGGGUUACUGACAAUCGGUUAUUGGAACCACUAAUCAGUGAGGAGGUCGUUCUACCCAAGGACCAGGGCUCACUCGGUUUCAGCAUCAUCGGGGGCACCGAUCACUCGUGCACACCGUUCGGAUCGCACGAGCCUGGCAUUUUCAUUUCCCACAUUGUCCCCGGUGGUAUCGCGGCCCUGUCCGGUAAGCUGAGAAUGGGCGACCGCAUCCUGAAGGUAAACGGAACGGAUGUUACCAGUGCGACGCACCAGGAAGCGGUGAUGGAACUGCUGAGGCCAUGUGACGAGAUUAAAUUGACCGUUCAGCAUGAUCCACUGCCCGCCGGUUUUCAGCAUUUCGAAAUAGUUCGCUUGCAAACGGAGGAGGUCGAUUUGGUCAAACAGGAAGGUGAACGACUUGGCAUGCACAUUAAGGGUGGCCUUAAUGGUCAGCGGGGCAACCCGAUGGAUGCAACGGACGAAGGAGUUUUUAUUUCGAAGAUCAACAGCUCCGGUGCGGCCAAACGAGACGGUAGACUGCGGGUAGGAAUGCGCAUUCUGGAGGUGAAUGGAGCUUCCUUGCUGGGUGCCACCCAUCAGGAAGCGGUUAAUGCCUUACGGGCCUCCGGUGGCACACUGCACAUGGUAGUGUGUAAAGGUUACGAGAAGGGUGAUUUGUUGCAUCAGUCGAUUGGAAGCGCAGGUGGUAUGAGUACCGGAGUUAGCAACAAUGGGCACAGUACUAGAAUAGGUUCCCGAGCUUCAGAAACUGGCUCCGAGCUGAGCCAAAGCGUAUCGAGCUUAGAUAGGGAGGAUUCAAUCAUUGAAACGCAGCACAAAAUCAGCGUUGAUCGUGUGCCGGAAGAAGAGGUACCGGUAACUCCUCCAGCGGUCGAAACAGUGACAGCUGCAAGCGUGCCCCAGCCGCAGCAACCGCCGUCAACGGUUGCAACUCUUCCGGUACUAACUAGUUCACAGCAUGCCCUGAACCGCGUGGCUCCUCCUAGCGCGGAGUCGCAAGCCCUUGUCAGUACCCGGGAAAAGAGUACACCAGAGAAGGUUCUGGAUUUCGUACGGGCAGCAGAAUCACUCGCUCUUGGCGGCACUCUGGUUGAGAAUGGUCCCCCCAAGUCGCCCACGGAACCAUCGGCGGCCGAGAACCUCCAAAAGACGACCACCAUCGUGAUGUCGAAGCACACACUGGACACCCAAGCGCCACAGGUUGAUCGCCGAUAUGGAAAUAUACGGCCGUUGUUGCAUGCAAAUGAUCCUUCCAAAACCUCAAUAACCUCCUCCACUAGUACUACUACUACUACUUCUACUGUUGCUACUACCACCACUACCACUAGUUGUACCACCUCUUCUGCCAAUACUAACAACAACAACAACGUCAGCAACGUCACCACCACCAAAAUCAUCUCGAGUUCAGUAUCUCCGGUACCUCCGGAUAGUAGUACGCCUCCAGAGUCCCUGCCGGGAACGAAGAGUUACAUUCCAGUUUAUGCACCCAGCUCGUACGAACGGUCCAUGUUCAGCACUAAGAAGGAUCCGACGCCUGAAAGACGGCCAACUCCGGCAACCCGAUCGGUGACGCCAACGUCCAUCGGCAGUGGCAGCAAUCACCGCAAGUCGGUCAGUUUCGACCUGGACGAUCCGGGUGAGGAAAAUCGACGGCUUGGGUCGGGCAGUUUGGAACGGGAUGCCAAUAAUAACAGUAACAGCAACCAGCACCAGCUGAAGGGAAUUCUUCGGAGUGGAAGUCCAACGGCUUCAAGCAGCAGAAGCCGCAGUUCAACUCCAGAGGAUUCCGGAGGUCCAGUUGCGGAUCGCUCCCGCUAUGUUCGCAGUGAAAUCGUAGACGAUGUGCUCGUCAGUGAAGAGGAAGAAGACGAAUCGGAAAGUGAGGAAGAGUUCGACAGUCAAGAAGGCAGUGAGAUUGAGAUGGAGAAUCCGUUCAGGAAGGACUUUCUGCGGCGUGAUGGGAAUGUGUUUUAUGGCGAGGAAGAAGAAGAAGUGGUGCCUCGAAGAAGAUCGCCUCCCAAGGGGCAACAACGGCCCCUGUCGAGGGAAUUGAAGAAGGCAGAGAUUGUGCCAAACGUAGCGAUUCAGAACAUGCAAGACGAAUUAGGUCAGGGGGAUUUUGUUGAGUACGAACACGACGCGCGAACCAAUACGAUUCGUGAGGUGCGAAGUUCGACCCAGAACUUGACCAGUCGCAGCAUGGAACGUCUGCCGAGCUACGAAAAGAUCGAACUGAUUGCGGCCAAAUUUGACGUUCUACCGUCGAAAAAGAAGGCGGAGUUUAUACACGAGAACUUCAAGCAAAACACGCUGGUACCAGAGGAAACUCACCGUCAGGUGCUACUAGAGGAGAAUCGAAUGCGCAACGAAAUGCUUUCUCGAACGACAAAUCCUUUUCUGGAUGCGCCGGGUUAUGACCAGGAGUCGCAUCACUCCGUCUCACCAGUGCCACAGUCACACCUAAUGACGCAACACGGUUGGUCGGGAUCAUCCGGGCAACUGCACUCUCCUCAAAUCUACCCACCGAUUCAGGUGCUCCCCGUUCACUACACAAAACUGCCGACUCCUCAGCACACGGUUUACACGUACACUCAGGCAGGACCAAUGGCGCCUCCUCCGCACCAUCACUAUCACCCUUAUCAGCAACAACAACAUCAUCAUCAUCAGCAGCAACCGUACGGCAUUCCACAAGGCUACAGUUAUAUGUCGCCGCCGCCAGCACCCAAAACGCCGAAAAGUGUCUCCGACAAGAAGCGUUUCUUCGAGAAUGCCAUGGAGGACCAGAAGAAAGAAACACCCAAACCUGAAAAAGUAUUCUCCUUUCUGUCGAAGGAUGAAGUCGAGAAGCUCAAGCAGGAGGAGGAACGAAAGAUCGCCACCCUGGGACGACGACGCAUCCAGGAGCGGGCGUACGAACCGGAAGACGAAGAGUACGGCUCCGGAGACGAAGGACAGCAGCAGUUUCGCGAUCGCUAUGGCAAAUCGGACGAAAACGAUAACGAUAUGAGUAGCCCGUUAACGGAGACGACGGCUACCGCCGCCGCCGCCGUCCCUAAUCCGACAACGCCAACGAUGAUGGAUAGGUUCCACCGAGGAGUGACGCCACCUCGCCUGGUUUCACCACAGCCACAGUCGCAAGGACUCACGGGGUCACCGCAAAUGCCAUCAUCGAGAAUCACUCCGGUCAGCCGAAUUCCGAUCCGGACGGCGAAUGCGGAGAAGCGAGCGCGGGCGAACGAUAUGCUGCCCCCGGAGUACGACGAGUCGAAACUGAGCCCGUCCGAGAUACGGGCGCUGAGGGCUCAGAAACGAGCAGCCUGGCGUCAGGCACGACUAAAGUCGCUGGAAAAUGACGCUCUGCAGGCGCAGAUCAUGAUACAAACGAUGAACGCCGUUACGAUGCACGAUGAUGGUAACAAUCUCAACAACAAUUCAACCGUUCUGCAUCUCCGUUCGGACCACGAUUACUAUCCGACAAUCGCCGAGCAGCCCACCGGAAGCAGUGACGAACAGCAGUCAGCACUAAUCCAUCCGACCGCUAACUGGAGUGGCCGCGACGAAACCCAAGACAGCAUCACCAGUAGUGUGAGUGACGAAUAUCCACCGAUUGCACCGAAACCGCCGAUCCGUUUUCCUCGGAUAGCGGUCAAAACACGCCCGACCGGUAACGAGCGGGUGGUACGCGAAACGGAAAAAGUACUCGGGGAGAAGAUACUGGAGCAGCGCACAGAGGAAGUGCCCGGCGGGGGUCUCCGCACGGUUGAGUACAUCGAGAAGGUGAUCGAGACCGAGGUCGAAACGAUGCGCGAAAAAAUCAUAAUGCUCGAGCUGGAAGAACCAUCCUCCGGUAGCGGCGAACAACAGCAAGCGCAGUCCGCCCAACAGUCAGAAUUUCCCGCGCCAGAGAAGGAUAAAUCGUCAGACCACGAGGACUCCACGGAAGCGGCAGAUGUUUCGCUGGAACACGACGACGAUAACGAUAACGACGAGGAUCAGCCGGAUAGUAUGGUGAUCCACGAAGAUCACGAGUUCUACGACGAAGAUGAAGACGACGAUGAAGAGCCGAUGGUGGUGGCAAGUAGCGCUAGUAACCCACUGCAGACAAUCGUAGAAGUUGUAAAUCCGACCGUUGGAGACGGUCACGGGCAGAUUCACGACAUUAUCAUCGGUCGCUACAACGACGACUACGGCGGCGAGGAUUCUCUGGCGUCCGCUUCGUCACCGUCCACCACGUAUGGGGCUUCCUACGGUGGUGCCUACGACGAAGGCCGCUACGAAUCGAUCAACGAUAAAAUGAAGAACGUACUGCGGGAGCUCAAGCAGAACGAAAAGGUGAGACUGAAUCUUAGCAAAAGCCUGACGGAGGAAGAACUGGCGGAGCAGGGUGAGGAAUACGACGACGACGAGGACGAUCAAUAUCAUCAAGUAGAUGAGGUAGACGAAGACGAAGAGUUCCGUCAUUACGAGGAGAAAACCGGUGCAAUAGGAACGGUGUUCAUGGUGCGCGAGCGGCUAAUCAACGAUUUCUACACGCAUCACGCUACCGAACUGGCGACAGUGCAGGACGAGCAACCAGCAGCGGCAGCAGCAGCGCCUUCCCGGCUGGACUACUUCGACGAUUGCGAAGUGAUUCAAAACCCGAACGCUCAAGCCUUCGAAGAGGAACUGCAAAAAAUGCAGAGCCUGAGCAAACUGCAACAGAUGACACUGCAUGACGAAAAGCUACGAGCGGUCUUCUGCGGGGAUGACGACGAGGACGAUGAUGAUGAAGAUGAGGCGGAUGGAAACCGUGGCGGGGACAUGGCGCCCGUGCCGACACCAACAAGCAAAAGUGUGGAACAGUCGGAAAAACCGAGCGGUAUUCCCGUUGCUGGUACUAAUGGGAAUGGCGGCUCUAAGCGAAAAAAGCGAAAAGGAAAGAAGAAAAAGUAGAGGUUAAGUGAUCGAUACAAGGUAAGUGCAACAGAGUCCCAUCCGUCCUAAAUCACAAAGUAAAAAAAAAACUAAGCGUAGCUCCUUACACUGCGAAAGAGCCGCUUUUUUAAGUUCUGAGCGUAUAUUAAAAUAAAAUCGUUUGUUGAUUUUUAACUGAAAGGAAUUUCUCGUUCGAGAAUUGAUAGUAUUUUAAAAGUGAAAAAGGAUCUAUUCCAUUAUAAUUCCCUCAUUAGAGUUUUUUUAUAGUCGUCCGUUGGUAGCUAACCGAACCGACAAUAAUUCAGAGUAUAGAAUAUGUUAGGGAUUAUAUUUAGUGGCUGCUGCAGUGAUCAUGCUUCUCACUGUUCGAGGAAUCGUAUGAUCUGUUAGAGUAUAUGAGUAUUUAUUAAUAACCAGAAACGCAAGCAACAGCAAAGCUAAUCAAUCGGUAAUCGCAACCUAGUUUGCUGCUUUUUACGCAAUCAAUCUUAUACUACUACUAUUAUUAAUACUACUACUAAAGUUUAAGACAACAAUCAAAUGAAUUCCAAGCACACACACACCGUGUACACGUGUGAAGCUAAUGUGCGCACUGAGCCUAUAUUAAAAUCUUUUUCAACGGAUGAUAAUCACACUGUCCAGACCCAAGUAGCCUCAAUAUUGUCAGAAUCCACGAAGAUGGGUUAUAUUUUGCCGUGAAAAUAAACUUCGAUCCUCACGAAGUGUGGAUCGGCUAAUCAUGAA